UGGGAGGAAGGAAGGAGGAGAGAGAAGGGAGGUGGGUGAACGCCAGCGUCCAAACGGAUCACUCUGGUUCCUGUCGUCUGGGCAGAAGGAGAUCCGGAUCUUUUACUCUGAAGGACGUCCAGGCGGGUUUUUCUUCGGUUCUAAAUCUUCAAACUGAUCAGAAUCCAUCAAGCAAAAGAGUGGCCAACCAUCAAACUUCCUGCAAGACCCGUUCAGAUGCCAUGGCAAGACUCUGGACAAGUUUCUGUCUGGAGCAUCUUUAGGAGAAAGCACACACUUUUCAGUGUCUGAAGAAAUUGCGGAGAUACUUUUAUUUGCGCACUUCCUGAAGUUCAUUUGUAUUAAAGGUUUUGAGAAUGAAACCAGGAGACGUGACCGCGUGCCGUAUGUUCGGCCUGCUGCUGGUCGCCUGUUUGGUUUCCGUCAGUCCAGCUGGCUGCCAAAGCGACUUCACAUCUCCUCCGUCAGACCUGAGGAGGCCGGACAUGUCCAGCUCCGGAGCGGUUCCAGGUCUGAGGAAUGAUCCCGUCUUUCAAGGAUCCACUGGGGAGAAGCAUCCAUCGCAGGAGACUGUGAACCAGCCCCAGGCCUCCCUGGAUUCUGAGCAGGGGAAAAUGAAACACUUCAACAAACUGAAACCGAAACACGGGCGAAAGUCUCCGUCCUCCAACUCGUCUGUGGGUCCUCAUAAGAAAGCCCCUCCCACCUGUCUACAGACCACGUCCAUCAAGACGGCCUUCAAGUACAUCAACACUGUGUUGUCCUGCUUGAUUUUCGCCGUGGGGAUCAUAGGAAACGCCACCCUGCUGAGGAUUAUAUACCAAAAUAAAAGCAUGAGGAAUGGACCCAACGCUCUCAUCGCUAGCCUCGCUCUGGGAGACCUGAUAUACAUCGCCAUUGACAUACCAAUCAACGUCUAUAAGCUCCUGGCCAUGCAGUGGCCUUUCGCGGACUCCACCUUUGGUUUGUUCCUCUGCAAGCUCUUCCCCUUCCUGCAGAAAGCGUCGGUCGGCAUCACCGUCCUCAACCUGUGUGCUCUCAGCGUGGACAGGUACCGCGCCGUGGCGUCUUGGUCCCGGGUCCAGGGGACCGGCAUCCCCACCGUCACAGCCGUGGAGAUCGUGGUGAUCUGGCUGCUGUCCGCCCUGCUCGCCGUGCCGGAGGCCAUCGGCUUCAACAUCAUCACCUUCGACUACAACAACGUUACCAUCAGGACCUGCAUGCUGCAGACUGACACGCCCUUCAUGACCUUCUACCAAGAUGCAAAGGACUGGUGGCUGUUUGGCUUCUACUUCUGCGUCCCUCUGGCGUGCUCCGCCGUCUUCUACGGCCUGAUGACGUGCGAGAUGCUGCGACACCAGAAGGGAAGUCUGAGGAUCUCCCUGAGUGAACACCUCAAGCAGCGGCGUGAAGUCGCCAAAGCCGUCUUCUGCCUGGUGCUGAUCUUCGCUCUCUGCUGGUUUCCGCUCCACCUGAGCCGCCUCCUCAAGUGGAGCAUCUACAAACCCCACGACGUCCACCGCUGCGAGCUCCUCAACUUCCUGCUGGUGCUCGACUACUUCAGCAUCAACAUGGCCACCGUCAACUCCUGCAUCAAUCCCAUCAUCCUCUUCUUCGUCUCCAAGAAGUUCAAGAACUGCUUCAAGUCCUGUCUGUGUUGCUGGUGUUACUCUGGCUCUCUCUCCAACAGCAUGCUGCCUCUCCACCAUGGGACCAGCCUGCAGUACAAACACACUGACCACUGACCGGCCCGGCGCCACCUGCUGGCCGAGACCAGCAGUCUCAGCCGUGAGACGCCUGCUUUCUGUGUGGCUCUGCUCUGGGUUUUACAGUUUGAUGACAAAUAAUUCAAGCCAAGCUGGCAUUUGUGAGCCUGAAGGAUUUCUGCCGUUUGUCAGGAGUCUCUGAGUUUCUAGACCUGUGAUUGAAACCAUUACAGUCAGAUUUCACUUAAACCAGGAGUUCUGAUUGUUAUGUUUAUGAGCUCAUUCUGUAUCUAUUUAUCAAUGAACUUGUAUCCAUGGUGAGAUGAUAAAAUUGUUGGUUUGUGAGAAAUUGAUUGAAGAGCUGCAUUAAGGACUUUCUGUAACAGUUUAGUCUGAUGUCACAACUCAAGACCUUUAAACUUGUUAAUUUUAACAAAAAUGUUGAUUAUAUAAACAGGAUUAUUUAAAUAUAUAUAUACAGUUUUUGUUCUUUCUGCAUUAUGUUUCUCAUAAUAAUGAUAUGAUUACUUAUGUUAAAAUAUAUAAUAAAUAUAAUUUUAAAUAAAUGUGUAUCACACAUGUUAAACCAGCAAUAAAUUUGUUAUUUAAAAUAUGUUGCUCAGUUUGUUUUUUAAGGCAAUUUUUGUGUGUAUGUAGUGUUGUACAAACCGUUUUUUUCUUUGUGUUUAGACGGUAAACACUUUUUUUUGGA